UCGGCCCAACCUGCUGAGCAAAGUUUCGUUCUCGCAAAAGCAAAAAAAUAACAAAUUUCCAAUUAUUAUUUGCAACUCAAUAAAAAUAGUAAAAUAUUUCGCAUAAAUUCUUGCUAAAUUCAAGUUUUGUGUUCUGCAUUAUUGCUGGAAAAGUAGUGAUCGAAAAGUUCAUAUAAACUACGCAUUUCUGGCUUUGCUAGCAAGCGGAAAAAAAUCAAUAAGCGUGUAAAUUUUUGUAAACACGCCAAGCCCCCCAAAACACACGCCCCAUCGAAACGUGCCCCCGAAUUACUCCAGAUUCAGUGAGCUGUGAAAAAGAAGAAGAAGCCUAAACAAUUAGCCAAGUCAACGAAGCUAAACCACAAAAUACAAUUGUAACGCCUUUCAAAUGUUGCUGCAGCUGGUGCUGUCGCUGCAGCUGUUGCAGCUACUUGUGGCAGCUGCGGCACAACCCGAGGUGGCAGCCUCAACAGCAACGCAUCAUCUAACCAAACGCAUGGAUCUCGAGUCCUGCAUAGGUCACUUUGAUGUGCACAAAAAUACGAUAAUUCGCACUGGCGAAUCGCAGGCCAUUGGUGGCAAGUAUCUGCAGGGUCUGGAGUUGGACACGCUGGAGGAAUGCGAGCGACUCUGUUGCGAAACUGAUGCCUGUGAUGUUUACAUCUUUGAGCGUAAAUCUGGCGGCUAUUGUUAUUUAUUCGAGUGCGGGCCACCCGAGAAUUUCCACUGCAAGUUUACGCGGCAUGCGAACUAUACGAGCGCCGUGUUGACGCCUCAGGUUCGCAGCUCGAUGGAUGUGGCAAGCACACCGCGGCCACAGUUGCCACACAUUCCCAGCAACAAUAUAUCGCAGCAGGAAUGGGAGCUGAGCAAUCUCAAGCUGAAGCCGGAAGUGCAGAGAGACAAGCCCAAUUUGUUGGCUGCUGCUCUGCCACCCACAGCAAGUGCUCUCUUGCCCCUGGGCGUGGCACAGUCACAGUCACAGGCGGCUGCUGCUGUCACCGCUGUUGUGAUUCCCCCUCAAAGUGCUCCCGUUGCGCAUUGUGGUCGCUUUCAGUUCAGUUGCCACUCGGGCGAAUGCAUUGCCGUCUACAAUGCCUGCGAUGGCAUACCGCAGUGCGAAGAUGGCAGCGACGAGGGACCGGAAUGCAAUGCCGUUGCUUCAGCGCCGACCAAAGCGAACGGCAACAGCAACAACAACAACAACAAUGCCGAGCAAUAUCAGUCAGUGCCGCCCAUUCAACAGCAAUUGCAAAUUGCACAGCAAUCACAACAACAGCAACAACAGCAGCAGCAGCAACAAUUGCUGCAACAGCAACAGCAUACUGUUAUGCUGGGUCCACCACCGCCACCGCCUCCACCACCGCCAAGGGUUAAUAAUCGUGAGGAUGCGGCUGCUUGGGCUAAUCGCAAAAUGAUUGCAGAGACACAGCAACAACAGCAGCAACAGCAGCAACAGCAACCACAAGGCGAGAUUUUGAGUACGGAUGAGCAGCUCAACAGUCGCAUAUUCAAUCACAAAGGCGGCUUGCAACUGCAACAGCAGCAGCAGCAAUCGACUAAUGCCCAGGGGCAGGUUCAGGGCCAAGUUGCAACUGCAACCGGCGCAGCGGCAGCAGCAGCAGCACAACCACAGCCCGUGUACAACGGCAACAGCAAUAAUAAUAAUGUUGCACUUGGCGGCGGUUCUUUGUAUGGCAUGUCGUUGCCACGCACGAGCAUUUAUCUGACGCCACCGCAGCAGCAACAGCAACAGCAACAACAACAAGUGGUGAAUGUGCCUCAACAAACGUCUAUUAACUGGCCGCCAGCUCAAAUGGCUGUGCCACAACAACAACAACAGCAGCAGCAGCAGCAGCAAAGUCAAGGCUAUGUUGCAGCUGCUCCUCCUCCAGCAGCGGCAGCAGCAGCACCGCUUGCACCACAGCAAUCCAUGCUGCCAGUGCUGAACGCAGCGCCCAAAAAUCAGCCAGCUGAUGAGGAUUACGAUGACUACGACGAUGAAAAGUCCACAGAGGCGCCCAAAAAGCGCAAGCAUAAGAAAGCCAAGGCGAAGGCGGGCGGCAAAGAUCCCAUUGAGCUGGCGCUGGAACAGAACAAUCAACAACAGCCAGCAGCGCUUCCAGUGCCCGUUGCUCCCGUUCACGAGCAGUACAAGAUGAUACACGAGAAUCUGGCGCUAGAGUUCCGGGAUCACGAUGGACACUCGGAGCGUCCUGGUGGCGCCGUGUUGUCCUUGUCGCUGGGUCUCCUGGUGACCGCAGCGUUGGCCAUUUUAAUUGGUUGUCGCAUGCGAACUGUUGGAAGACGAGCACGACGUUUGGGUGGCAAGACGCCCUAUUCACAGGAGGCCGAUUUUCUGGUCAAUGGCAUGUAUCUAUAAGUUUGGAGUGGAGUUGAUUUUGUUGUGCUAUGUGCUCCGUAUGAUCCGAUUUAGUUACAAAUAAUGAAUGUCAAACAUAUUUUAUAUAAACAAUUAUAUACAUAAACACAAAUAUAUAAAAAUAAAACAAUA